AGAUUUGUCGCAAAUCCAUUUUUUGGCCACGGAUUGCUUUUCUCUCCCUGAUAAUUUUCCCAUCCGUCUACUGUACACUCCUGCAUCUUCCCACUGGGCGUUCUGGCUCCGCAAAUUUGAACCAUGGCGACCUUGACCCUGCAAGAAAUCCCCUCCGAAGCCGCUUUCAACCAACUCAUAUCCUCUUCCCCCUCCUCGCACUUGCACGUAAUCUACUUCCACACUCCCUGGGCGGCACCCUGCGCACAGACGAACACCAUCCUCUCCGCGCUCGCCUCGACCUACCCUUCCUCCCGCAGCUCCGAUCUUUCCUUCCUCUCCAUAAAUGCCGAAGAACUGCCCGACGUCUCGGAACUAUACGAUGUGACUGCGGUGCCCUACCUGGUCAUCCAGCGAGACGGGAAGACGCUGGAGACGGUGAGUGGGAGCGACGCCAGCAAACUGAGAGCCGCGGUGGAGAAACAUGCUGGCGCUGGCUCCAGUGCGACGAAUGCCAACGGCAAUGGCAGCGCCCAUGUGCCGCCCCCGCUGAAGGCGGAGCCGCAGAGUCAAGCACAUACAAAUGGAAGUUCACAGCAGCCAGCUUCGACGAAGGACCUGAGCUCCUACGCGCCCAAGGCUUCGGAUCCGCAGACCGCCCCGGCUUAUUCGUCAGGGUUGGAGGCGAGAGAGGAGUUGAACGACCGGCUGGCCAAGCUGGUGAAAGCUGCGCCGGUCAUGCUCUUCAUGAAAGGAACCCCCAGUGCGCCGCAGUGCGGGUUUAGCCGACAGCUCGUCAGCAUUCUGCGCGAGAACCAAGUGAAAUAUGGAUUUUUCAACAUCCUGGCCGACAACGACGUGCGUGAGGGCCUCAAGGUGUUCUCCGACUGGCCUACUUUCCCGCAACUUUAUACUGAUGGGGAACUUGUCGGUGGUCUCGAUAUUGUUCGCGAAGAGCUAGAAGCCGACCCGGACUUCUUCAAGCCCUACAGGGCGACAGCCACCGCAUGAAGCGACCAUUCGCAGUCGAAGUCGCAAUGGCCGGGCCCCAGUUGAAGCAGCUGGGAUGUAUCAACGCUCCCAAAGCGACCCUUUGAUGCCGUAUCGGGCGCGCACGACAAUACAAUGAGAAAGAAGCAUAAAAAAUAAAACAAAUUGCCUUAGUCCGAGGUGUAUAGGGGGGUUGUGGGAAACAAAACGAGUUUUGUUUUCCUCAAAUCUGUCGUUAUUCUGCUGCUUGUUUAUAAUGUGAGGGCUGGGAAAACCAGAAGUUUAGAUAUGCAAUGAAUGUCCUUCCCAUUUUGUCAAUAA